UGUGAUUUGCUGACGAAAGUGGUACACAGGUGUCUGGUUCUCCGAAAGUGUUGCAUUUCAGACCGAAACCAAGAGGUUGUCCUUAAACAUGUUGUUCUCUGAAGGCUGUUUGUUGUUAUAGAAUCAUUUGUACACAUUUUUAGACGUGUUUUUAACUCUUACCACGUCCUGAAUAAUUUCAACGCCGCUAUUGUGGACAGUAGGUUUAAAUGAAAAUUAACAACUUGAUUUAGAGCACAAGACUUCUCAAGAAUAUUAGUUUUUUUUUUAAGUUUGAGGCUACCUGAAAGUCUAGUGUCGCUCGAAAAUGAUACCGAAAUCAGAGUUUUAUGUUAGGCUUUUUUGCUGUUUCACAGGUGAGUUAUCAUAUUAUCUUUAUGUUAUGACCUGGUAAUGCCAGUGAAGUAGGUCAGUUGUGUCAUUUGAAUCGACUCAUUUACGGGUAAACUGGUUACAAAGGAAAUCUGAAUGUCACUACCAUUGUUUGGGCUACUCCAAAAUCAAAUUGCCAAUUGGCACUUCCACGGUAAGCGUGACGCUGAUACUCUGAUUUUUCACUUUAAAUUAAACCAUAACUCUAUGCACAAGGACUAAUUUGAUCAAUUUCCAUUGAGAAUUUUACGAAAACAUUUACUUGAAGAACAGUGCAGAUACUAAGUUUGGUAACAGAAUGACGGUUUACUUUUGGUGCGGUCAUUUUGUUACCAAACUUGCAUCUGCACUUUGGGCCUAGGCUAGCCCUACUCAGAGUACUCGUGGAGGCCUAUGUAUGAAUUUAAAGGAGAGGGGAAAUUAUGCUAAAGUGGCCUACCACGUCUAAUUCAGCGGUGUAAAAUACUUACGUAAAAAUUUAUUUUUGCUAUUACAACGUCAAAUACCGCAGUCGACUGCAGUUCAAAACUGCAAUCUUUUUUUGUAAGGGAAUACUUUAAAGUACUACUUAAGUAGUUUUGAGUAUCUGUAUUUUACAAUUUAUAUUGACAACUUUUACUAAACUACAUUCCUAAAGAAAAUAAUGUGCUUUUUACUCCAUACACUUUCCCUAACACCCAAAAGUACCUGUUACAUUUUGAAUGCUUAGUAGGGCAGGACAAUUGUCAAAUUCACACACUUAUCAAGAGAACAUCUCUGGUCAUCCCUACUGCCUCUGAUCUGGCAGACUCACUAAAUGCAUUCUUAAUUUGUAAAUUGUCUAAUUGUGCCUCUGGCUAUCCGUAAAUAAAUAAAAAACAAGAAACUGGUGCCAUUUGGUUUGCUUCAUAAAAUACAUUUGAAAUAAUAAUAUAAUAUAAUAAUAAUAUGCCAUUUAGCAGAUGCUUUUAUCCAAAGCGACUUAGUCAUGCGUGCAUACAUUUUUGUGUAUGGGUGGUCCCGGGGAUCGAACCCACUACCUUGGUGUUACAAGCGCCGUGCUCUACCAGCUGAGCUACAGAGGACUUUUAUGAUUUAUACUUUUACUUUUGAUACUUAAGUAUAUUUAAAACCAAAUACUUUUAGGCUUUUACUCAAGUAGUAUUUUACUGGGUGACUUUCACUUUUACCCUAAUAGAAAAUGACUCAAGUAUGACAAUUUAGUACUUUUUCCACCCCUGGUCUAAUUCACAUUCCCCCUCUCAGGUAUCUUGGUUUGUCAUGCUCAGGUGGAGUGUGGUCAACCACUCCUGGAAAACAGGAUUGUUGGAGGAGUAGAUGCAUCGCAGGGGGCAUGGCCGUGGCAGGUGGAUAUUCAGGUAGGUCACUGCUGCAUCAAGGUAUGGAUUAAACUAAAUGCAUGAAGCCAUGUUUUAGUGUGUAUGUUGGUCGUCAUGCUGACCUGCUGAGAGAGGAAUGUUUUGCUGAUUCACCAAUCCUCUUUCCCCCGCUCUUGGUCUUUAGACAGAGAAGGAUGGUCAUAUCUGUGGGGGCUCCAUCAUCACUCAGGAGUGGGUGCUGUCUGCUGCCCACUGCUUCCCAAAGUAAGUGUCCACCGGUGGCGGCUCCUCAGGAGGAAGGGGAGGACCAUCCUAAUCGGUGAAUUACAUAAAACUAGUGAAACAUUUAUAAAAAAAAGUUAUCCUGUUUAGAUACAACUAUACUAAAUAUAUUCCCGUCACCAAAUAACUGAUUAAAACAGUUUUGCAAUGGUCUACCGUAACCUACAGUCUCCGUUGUCUCAAGGCUUAAAAAUCCUCCUUUAACCUCUCGCCUCACCUUCAUCUACAGUGGAUUUAACAAGUGACAUCAAUAAGGGAUCAUAGCUUUCACCUCGUCAUUCUGUCAUGGAAACAGCAGGUGUUCUUAAUGUUUUGUCAGUAUGUCUAAAUUAAAUCAAAUCACAUUUUAUUUGUCAUAUACACGUGUUUAGCAGAUGUUAUAGUUGGUGUCGCGAAAUGCUUGUGCUUCUACUCCGACAGUGCAGUAAUAUCUAACAAUUUCACAACAAAUACCCAAUACAUACAAAACUAGUAAGGAAUGGGGUUUAAGAAUAUAUACAUAUAUGGACAAGCAAUGACAGAGCGGCAUGGACUAAGAUGCAGAAGAAUAUUAUAGAAUGCAGUAUAUACAUAUGAGAUGAGUAGUGCAAGAUAUGUAAACAUUAUUAAAGUGACUAGUGUUCCAUUUCUUAAAGUGGCCAGUGAUUUCAAUAGGGAGCAGCAGCCUCUAAUGUGCUAGUGAUGGCUAUUUAACAGUCUGAUGGCCUUGGGAUAGAAGCUGUUUUUCAGUCUCUCGGUUCCAGCUUUGAUGCACCUGUACUGACCUCACCUUCUGGAUGAUAGCGGGGUGAACAGGCAGUGGCUCAGGUGGUUGAUUUCCUUGACGAUCUUUUUGGCCUUCCUGUGACAUCGGGUGUUGUAUGUGUCUUGGAUGGCGGGUAGUUUGCCCCCGGUAAUGCGUUCGGCAGACCGCACCACCCUCUGGAGCUUUCCACCUUCUCCGCUGCGGUCCCGUCAAUGUGGAUAGGGGGGUGCACCCUCUGCUGUUUCCUGAAGUCCACGAUCAUCUCCUUUGUUUUGUUGAUGUUGAGUGAUAUGUUAUUUUCCUGGCACCACACUCCCAGAGCCCUCACCUCCUCCCUGUAGGCGGUCUCGUCAUUGUUGGUAAUCAAGCCUACUACUGUUGUCGUCUGCAAACUUGAUGAUUGAGUUGGAGGCGUACUUGGCCACGCAGUCAUGGGUGAACAGGGAGUACAGGAGGGGGCUGAGCAUGCACCCUUGUGGGGCCCCAAUGUUGAGGAUCAGCGAAGUGGAGAUGUUGUUUCCUACCUUCACCACCUGGGGGCGGCCCGUCAGGAAGGCCAGGACCCAGUUGCACAGGGCUGGGUUCAGACCCAGGGCCUCAAGCUUAAUGAUGAGCUUGGAGGGUACUAUGUUGUUGAAUGCUGAGCUAUAGUCAAUGAACAGCAUUCUUACAUAGGUAUUCCUCUUGUCCAGAUGGGAUAGGGCAGUGUGAUGGCGAUUGCAUCGUCUGUGGAUCUAUUGGGGCGGUAAGCAAAUUUGAAGUGGGUCUAGGGUGACCGGUAAGGUAGAGGUGAUAUGAUCCUUGACUAGUCUCUCAAAGCAAUUCAUGAUGACAGAGGUGAGUGCUACGGGGUGAUAGUCAUUUAGUUCAGUUACCUUUGCUUUCUUGGGUACAGGAACAAUGGUGGCCAUCUUGACGCAUGUGGGAACAGCAGACUGGGAAAGGGAGAGAUUGAAUAUGUCCAUAAACACACCAGCCGAAUGCUGCCGUCUAUUCACAGUUUCUGGUUAGUGUAGGUUUUAAUAGUCACAGUGGGCACAACAUCACCUAUACACUUCCUGAUAAACUCAGUCACUGUUUCGGUGUAUACGUCUAAAUUAUUUUCGGAAGCUACCCGGAACAUAUCCCAGUCCGCGUGAUCAAAACAAUCUUGAAGCGUGGAUUCCGAUUGGUCAGACCAGUGUUGAAUAUUCCUUAGCACGGGUACUUCCUGUUUGAGUUUCUGCCUAUAGGAAGGGAAAAGCAAAAUGGAGUCGUGGUCAGAUUUUCCAAAAGGAAGGCGGGGGAGGGCCUUAUAACCAUCCCAGAAGUUUGAAUAGCAAUGGUCGAGGAUUUUAGCAGCGCGAGUACAACAGUCGAUAUGUUGAUAGAACUUCGGCAGCCUAGUCCUCAAAUUUGCUUUGUUAAAAUCCCCAGCUACAAUAAAUGCAGCCUCAGGAUAUGUGGUUUCCAGUUUGCAUAAGGUCCAGUGAAGUUCUUUUGAGGGCCGUCGUGGUAUCGGCUUGAGGGGGGAUAUACACGGCCGUGACUAUAACCGAAUAAAAUUAUCUUGGGAGAUAAUACGGUCUGCAUUUGAUUGUGAGAUAUUCUAGGUCGGGUGAACAGAAGGACUCGAGUUCCUGUAUGUUACUACAAUUACACCAUGAGUUGUUAAUCAUGAAACACACACCUCCGCCCUUCUGCUUCCUGGAGAGAUAUUUAUUCCUGUCUGCGCGAUGAACUGAGAACCCAUCUGGCUGGACCGUUUGACAGAAUAUCCCAAGAGAGCCAUGUUUCCGUGAACCUGAGUAUGUUACAGGUCUUGAUGUCUCUCUGGAAAGAAAUCCUUGCCCGUAGUUCAUCGACUUUGUUAACCAAAGAUUGAACAUUAGCGAGUAGGAUACUUGGAAGCGGUGGGUGGUGUGCGCGCCUCCUAAAUCGAACCAGCAUGCCGCUCCAAGUGCUCCAAGUGCAUGCUGCUCAGUUCAGUUGUCCUGGGGAGAGCAAACAAAGGAUCUGCUUCGGGAAAGUCGUAAUGCUGGUGAGUUACCGCCACUCUGAUAUCCAAUAGUUUUUCCCGGCUGUAUGUAAUGAUGCAAAACACUUUCUGAGCUAAUAAUGUAAAAAAUAAUACAUAAAAAAACAAAAUACUGCAAAGUUUGCUAAGAGCUAGUCGCGAGGCCGCCAUCUUCAUCGGCGCCAGUUUACCACUGUGUGUAGCUGUUAGCGAUGCUAAUGAUGGCGUAACUGUUUUCGGGGAGUUGGAAAGGCAAUAAAAAGGUAACUACCUGGCAGAAUCAUGAUUAUUUGCAUCAAUCCAGUGGCCAUUUAGUUUUGACAACUCCAUCACAAGUGUGCUACAGAAACAUUGUGUGCCAAACACAACUGUAUGGCUGGUGCACACCUGAAUUAAUGGGUAACUACACAAAAAUAAUCUACAUUUCUCAGGUUUUUCCCAGACCUCAAAUGGUCCCAUGAUGUGGUUUAAGCAUUGUUGUGGACUUACAGUGAAGGGAAAAAAGUAUUUGAUCCCCUGCUCAUUUUGUACGUUUGCCCACUGACAAAGAAAUGAUCAGUAUAUAAUUUUAAUGGUAGGUUUAUUUGAACAGUGAGAGACAGAAUAACAACAAAAAAAUCAAGAAAAACGCAUGUCAAAAAUGUUAUGAAUUGAUUUGCAUUUUAAUGAGGGAAAUAAGUAUUUGACCCCCUCUUAAAGGGAGUGCUCCUAAUCUCAGCGUGUUACCUGUAUAAAAGACACAUGUCCACAGAAGCAAUCAAUCAAUCAGAUUCCAAACUCUCCACCAUGGCCAAGACCAAAGAGCUCUCCAAGGAUGUCGGAGAUUGUAGACCUACACAAGGCUGGAAUGGGCUACAAGACCAUCGCCAAGCAGCUUGGUGAGAAGGUGACAACAGUUGGUGUGAUUAUUCGCAAAUGGAAGAAACACAAAUUAAUUGUCAAUCUCCCUCGGCCUGGGGCUCCAUGCAAGAUCUCACCUCGUGGAGUUGCAAUGAUCACGAGAAUGGUGAGGAAUCAGCCCAGAACUACACGGGAGGAUCUUGUCAAUGAUCUCAAGGCAGCUGGGACCAUAGUCACCAAGAAAACAAUUGGUAACACACUACGCUGUGAAGGACUGCAAUCCUGCAGCGCCCGCAAGGUCCCCUGCUCAAGAAAGCACAUAUACAGGCCCAUCUGAAGUUUGCCAAUGAACAUCUGAAUGAUUCAGAGGAGAACUGGGUGAAAGUGUUGUGGUCAGAUGAGACCAAAAUCGAGCUCUUUGGCAUCAACUCAACUCGCCGUGUUUGGAGGAGGAGGAAUGCUGCCUAUGACCCCAAGAACACCAUCCCCACCGUCAAACAUGGAGGUGGAAACAUGCUUUGGGGGUGUUUUUCUGCUAAGGGGACAGGACAACUUCACCGCAUCAAAGGGACGAUGGACGGGGCCAUGUACCGUCAAAUCUUGGGUGAGAACCUCCUUCCCUCAGCCAGGGCAUUGAAAAUGGGUCGUGGAUGGGUAUUCCAGCAUGACAAUGACCCAAAACACAUGGCCAAGAAUAAGCACAUUAAGGUCCUGGAGUGGCCUAGCCAGUCUCCAGACCUUAAUCCCAUAGAAAAGCUGUGGAGGGAGCUGAAGGUUCGAGUUGCCAAACGUCAGCCUCGAAACUUUAAUGACUUGGAGAAGAUCUGCAAAGAGGAGUGGGACAAAAUCCCUCCUGAGAUGUGUGCAAACCUGGUGGCCAACUACAAGAAACGUCUGACCUCUGUGAUUGCCAACAAGGGUUUUACCACCAAGUACUAAAUCAUGUUUUGCAGAGUGGUCAAAUACUUAUUUCCCUCAUUAAAAUGCAAAUCAAUUUAUAACAUUUUUGACAUGCGUUUUUCUGGAUUUCUUUGUUGUUAAUCUGUCUCUCACUGUUCAAAUAAACCUACCAUUAAAAUUAUAGACUGAUCAUGUCUUUGUCAGUGGGCAAACGUACAAAAUCAGCAGGGGAUCAAAUACUUUUUUCCCUCACUGUAGAACAUUCCAUUUGGUUGUUUUUCUAUAAAAAUAAAAAUAAAUGAUUUUUGAGAGUAAGAACUGGGGGGAAAUCUCCCAGCUUUUUAAAUUCUGCACUCUGGAGGAUUUUGCAGAAAAGAACAAGGCACUUUGAAAUUGGCAAUGAAUACAUUUUGCACUUUAAGUAUUUUCUUUGUUACAGUAAAUCUAUUUAAGAACACAAGGGUAUGCUAAUUUAAAAGAUGGCUAGUCAUUAUUUGCCUGGUUCUGUAUAGAAUGCAGGCACGUUAUGGGACACAGGCCAGGUCAUUAUCAAUUAUUUAAAAAAUCAUCUGCUGAUGCCACCAACCUAAGUUGCUUCCACCUGUGGAAAAAGUUAGUGUAGAACCCUGAUAGUUGAACAGUUUUGAACAAAUUGAUUUCUUAAAUUAAGGAGAAGCAGCAUAUGGCUAUGUCUUGUUGUGUAUAUAUUUUUCUUAGUUUACCUUUCACUUAACUAAUGCAACUAGUUUGGCUUUCUCAACAACCUGACUCAAACAGAGAGGAACGCUAUUUAUGUUAGCUAGCAUGCUAAGACUAUCCAGCACUGCAACUCUUCCAAGUCAAGAUAAGCUUUCGGUUUUAUUAAUUUAUUGCCACCGGGGCCUGCCGGUGUAAUUGCUAAACUGCUUGCUGUACACUGUACUGUGUGAUAGUAAACCCACAAUCCAAUCCAUGUGUACAAACGCUUUAGUUCUAGUUUGUUGACAAUCCUUAUUAUGGUGACAACGAUGUAGGCUGUGUAGCGGUUAUGGUAUGAAGGUUUGGCUUGGAGAGGUUUUUUGCGCCUGGUCACACAGCUGUUGUGCACUGAAGUCCUCUGUAGCUCAAUUGGUAGAGCAUGGCGCUUGUAACGCCAGGGUAGUGGGUUCGAUCCCCGGGACCACCCAUACGUAAAAAUGUAUGCACACAUGACUGUAAGUCGCUUUGGAUAAAAGCGUCUGCUAAAUGGCAUGUUAUUAAGUCCACACGAGACGGGAAAAGGUCAAAUCAAAUCAGGGUUGUGGGUUCGUUUCCCAUGGGUGGCCAGUAUGAAAAAUGUAUGCAUUCACUAACUGUAAGUCGCUCUGGAUAAGAGCGUCUGCUAAAUGACUAAAAUGUUAUAUCAUUCAGCUUACAGUAGCAGCCAAUGUGUGGUGUUCAAUAUACGCCUACUUUUGAAAAAAACAUGCAGGGCUUGACAUUAACCUGUUUAUUCACUUGUCCUUCAGACAAGGAAGUGACUGAAUGUUGUUGUGUUGUUUGAUGCAAGAAACCACUUUACAAAAUAAAAUGCAUUUUUAUUCCCAUACCAUUAUUAGAGAAUCAGACAAAUUAUGCUACCCUCUGCCUAUUGGCUAUUUAGCUUCUUCAAGCCUGUUUUAAAAUACAACACUGCCCCUUUAAGACAAAAAAGCUCUUUACCCGACUCACUUUUCAAAGAUGUCUAGAAAUGUACAUUUUGUGCUCUUGUAGGAAGCAAUCACUCCCCUAUUGCUGACUACAAAUGAUCUAUAACUGGUCUAAUAACUCACUAACUAGCUAAGGAUAUGAACAAAUGUGCACAAGUGGCUACAUGCAGCUCUCGCUUUGAUCUCAAAACAAGCGCAUCUACUCCCGACCGCUCAUGCUGUAAACACAGUCCAGUUCAUAUAUGGCAAUGGUUUAUUUGCAUGUCUAGGGUGUGAUUUCUCUAGGCUCAUGCCUCUUGUAGAACAGUAAAGCUGUCAUGUUACUGAUUCGGUUUGUUCACAGAUCGAAUAUCAAUUUAAUUAUUUAUUAUUUUGUGGCUGUGCGAGUUAACGUACUACUUCAAGUACAAAGGCUUUGGGGGAACACCUCUACAGUCAGUAUGUAAUCUCGAAAACACAGAACAAAAAUGUUGUAAUUGCAUCAGAUGCUCAAUCAUGUUCUGGUGGGGAGAUGUAGGUGAGAAGAUUCUAAUGAGAUUAUCAAAGUCUCCCCUCCCCCUAAAUGGACAUUCUCAGCCCAAGCAUGGGCCAAAUGUCCCCUCCACUUCCGGGAUUCGAAAAAGAUGCGAACACAUUCAAAAUCGAGAAUCUGCACACCGGAACACAAGUUUGUCGGUACAUCCCACAGCCUGUUGACAGACCCUAAGAUGCCAUCCUACAGUAUGUUAUGUGCUUCUGUCCACAAGAGAUCAGUCAGUAUGCCAGGACCCCAAAAUAAAAGGCGCAGGGUCAUCUUUCAAAGUAUCUUAUUUGCCCUUUUCUUUUCUUUUUUUAAGUACAAGACUAGUACAUGCAUUAUAAUUUCUCUGUAACGAAAGCUCAAUCGCUGUCCCAAAUGGUAACCUAUUCCCAUAUAGUGCACUGCUUUUGACCAGGGCCCAUAGUGUACCAUUUGGGAUACAGACAAUGUAUUUUGUGGUAGUAGACCCCAGUAGCACCUGUUUGUAAAACACAGCCCUAUUCUAGGUAGUGUAUCCACACGCUGAAAUACUAUGCAAUCCUAGGCUGAGUGUGUAACUCAUCCUUAAGCUGCGUUUUCAGUUACAUGCACAUUUCUUAAAGGCCCACUCCUCCAUCUGAAAAACGGCAGCCCCACCACUUGGAUUGCUAUAAAGCUUAGCAAUGGGGCUGGAGAAAUGUAAUCGCACUCAAAUUCAUAAAUGGAGUUAUGGAUGCAGUGACUGAAUGUCCAUGAGUUCAACAUGAUAGUUGUAACUAUAUCCUGAAAGUAUACCUUCAUGAAGACGGUGUUUACAAACAAUGGAGUAAAACAGCCUGAUAUUUUGGUUUUAGGGGUUAGACAGUUGAACCAAGCUCAUUGGCACGUAUAAAUGCCCAUUUUUCUAUUAAUUUUAUGAUCAAAACGGCUGUAAAUAUCACUGAGUGGGCCUUAAAUUGGGAUUGGGCCAUAAUACUGUUAACAUCUAAAGGAAGAAAGAUGCCGUCUAAUAACAAUAUGCUCCUCCAAACGGGGUGUGUGAGACGUAUGCUAUCUGGAGGGUAGAGAAAUGAGCAGACACAUUUCAGUUGUUAGUUUUAAUGUAUGGACAAAGUUGUAUUUGAACUCUCUCUCCUCCCGUCUUUCCCAGUCUGUUUGACGUGUCGGGCUACACCCUCUACGUUGGCCGUCACCAGCUCAACGUUUUUAACCCCAACGAGAUGUCGCACCGCGUGAAGCGCAUCGUGAUCCCAUCCAGCUACUCAGACCCCAAUUUGGGACAGGACAUGGCCUUGGUGCAGCUGCAGAGCCCUGUCGUCUGGUCGGCGUUUGUCCGGCCCAUCUGUCUGCCUGACGCCGGGACACUGUUCCCAGGGGGCCUGCUCUGCUACGUUACAGGCUGGGGAAACAUCCGUGACGGGGGUAAGAGAGAAUAAGGCAUUACCUAUAUAGCGGCAAAAUCAGACUUCCACUUAAAGGGGAACUACGGUAAAUUUGGUAAAUUUCUCAAAGAGCCGAAACCUCUGACUCAGUGGAGGACUAUCUGUCACAUGGUCAACUGUUACUCAGAGCGGAGGUAGAGCUAGAGUAAUGUCACAUGGUUACACCCCCCCCCCCCCCCCCUUCCCUCCCUGUAGCGCUAGAUGGAACUGUCACAGUGAACAUUGUGCUAAAGUCGGCUGUAUUUUGAAAACUGCCGGUGACAGUUUUGUUUAUGAGGUGUUCCCUCGUUCAUGUGUUCCAUUUGCAGUAGUCUAAGCCACGGGCUGAUAAUUUUAUUUAUUUUUUCUCCUUGCUUGGCAGAAAUCUCAGAAUGUACCCAAAUGUAUUGUUGGUGUAGGCAUUCUCUCGCUCUCUCCUUUUAUUUUUCCUGCCUGCUCACCUUCCCUGGCCUUCUCUCAGUCGCUCUGAGUGGAGCGGGGACACUGCAGCAAGUUAAGGUGCCAAUCAUCUCGUCGUCUUCCUGUCAGAUGAUGUACAGCCUGAACCCGUCGGUGACAGUGAACAUCCUUUCUGACAUGAUCUGUGCCGGUUAUCAAGAGGGUGGCAGGGACUCCUGCCAGGUACGCUCGCGUCACCAGUGUGUGCAUGUCUUUUAGAAUCUAGUUGACUAUGUAUUCUGUCUCGUCACUCUGUGUGUGUGUGUGUGUAAUAGUAGACAAGCUUAACUUAUUUUUCUUAUGUCUUACCCAUCUCUCUCUGUUCCUCAACAGGGGGACUCUGGAGGACCCCUGGUCUGCCAAAUGGUGAACGGGACCUGGGUGCAGGCCGGGGUGGUGAGUUUUGGCCUGGGCUGUGCCAAUGCCAACCAGCCCGGCGUCUACGCCAAGGUGUCCACCUUCUCCAGCUUCAUCCGCAGCAACAUACCAGAGAUCAGUCUGUACGGCCGGGCCGGUCCCAACUGGGCCAGCUCCCUGGCCGUGCUGGCUAGCUCCCUGGCCACUCUACUAAUGGGCCAGCUGCUUUAGAUGGGGCUUCCUAAGAGCGCCAUAUCUUAAAGGGACAUUUUAUGUCAUUUGACCUGAACCUGGUUUUACACUUACCUUGGCUGUAGUAGAUGACUGUUUUAGGCACAUAUUCUGCUUUAUUUUUAAUUAUUUUAAUUUACCAUAUUAAUAUUAUGCCAAAACAACUUUUUGACCAAACUGACUGGACAAAAUAUGACAAUGUAUUUCCCAAGUAAGCAGAAUCUUUACCUUUCUGGGUCAAGAUAUGUGUAAAACCAGAUAAACGUGUCAAAUUUCAUGGAAUGUUGCUUUAAAGGAAAGGGCCGAACCUGCGGUGGCAUAAACUAUACCAUGUUGUUUUAAUUAUGGUUAGAUCUUUAAACGCAACUCCUUACAAAUACAAGUGAUUCUGAAUAAACAAGCUAUAUAGCUAAUCAGCAGAAAAAACAGGGUGAUAUUAUGGGUAUUUAUAACUUGUGAAAUGUAAAGCCAUAAUAGUUCUGUCUAUUUUAGCACACAUAUUAAUGUCUUGUAAAAUUAACGUUUUUAAGCUUUAAGUUUCUUAUGUUUUUAAUGAUGAAUAAAUGAUUAAAAUGUAAAGUAAUUUACGAGAAUUGUCACUACAUGCAUUCUAGAAUCUCCAUUGUCUUAAUUCUACUCCCAUCACCUGGGCCCUGUUUGAAUGCUUAAGAAAUG